CGUAUUAGUGCGCAUGCGCAGUGAGUCUUGAACUUACAGUUGACAUGGAAAGACACGACUUCUCCUGAAUUUAGCUUGAUAACGUUUCUACUUAGCUGACUUCAACACUUACACUCAUGGUGUCCGUUUAACAGCUGCUUUAAUCGUCAAAACACAGCCUUGUUAUUUAACCCUCCCAUAAAGAAUACCCAGGGAGGCUGAUAUUCAUCCCUCUAGUUCCCAGGGAUCCCUCAGCCUGCCCUGAUGAAGGCCGAGCAAGACGGAGACCUCCUGGAAGAGGACUCCCCCCAGGAGAAUGGAGUCCAGACAAACCAGUACAGCACCAUCUCUCCUCCUGCCUCACCAGUGGCCCAGGACGAACCCUUCUCCACAUACUUUGAAGAGAAGGUGCCCAUUCCCGACAAUGUCAACCAGGUGUUCAGUUUCCGUAAACUCUGGGCCUUCACUGGACCCGGGUUUUUGAUGAGUAUUGCGUACUUGGAUCCAGGGAACAUCGAGUCUGACCUGCAGUCUGGAGCUAAAGCUGGCUUUAAGCUCCUGUGGAUUCUCCUUGGUGCCACCAUCAUCGGGCUGCUGUUGCAGAGGUUAGCUGCUCGCCUCGGUGUCGUAACUGGGAUGCACCUGGCUGAAGUCUGCAACCGCCAAUAUCCCACAGUUCCUCGGGUCAUCCUCUGGCUGAUGGUGGAGCUCGCAAUCAUUGGCUCAGACAUGCAGGAGGUCAUUGGCUGUGCCAUAGCACUCAACCUUCUCUCUGUGGGCAGGAUUCCACUGUGGGCAGGAGUCCUCAUCACCAUCACAGACACAUUUGUGUUCCUAUUUCUAGAUAAAUACGGCCUGAGGAAACUUGAAGCUUUCUUUGGCUUUCUCAUCACCGUAAUGGCUGUGAGCUUUGGUUAUGAGUACGUGCUGGUAAAACCAGAUCAAGGGGAGCUGCUGAAGGGAAUGUUCAUACCUUACUGUGCCGACUGCGGGCCGGUGCAGCUGGAGCAGGCGGUUGGAAUCGUAGGCGCCGUCAUUAUGCCCCACAACAUCUACCUGCACUCAGCGCUGGUCAAGUCUCGGGAAAUUGAUCGCAAAAAUAAGAAGGAAGUAAAGGAAGCCAACAAGUACUUCUUCAUCGAGUCAACUAUCGCUCUCUUCAUCUCCUUCCUCAUCAACGUCUUCGUCGUAGCGAUCUUUGCUCAGGCUUUCUACAAUAGAACGAAUAUUGAAAUGAAUGCAAAGUGCAAUGCAACCGGCAGCCCUCACACAGAUCUCUUCCCUCUCAACAACGACACACUGGAGGUGGACAUCUACAAAGGGGGAGUGGUCCUGGGCUGUUUCUUUGGCCCUGCAGCCCUCUACAUCUGGGCGAUCGGCAUCCUGGCUGCUGGACAGAGUUCCACCAUGACAGGCACUUACUCUGGCCAGUUUGUUAUGGAGGGUUUCCUGAACCUGCGGUGGUCCCGUUUUGCGCGGGUGCUGCUGACCCGCUCCAUCGCCAUCACGCCUACACUGCUGGUAGCCAUUUUUCAGGAUGUUGAACAUCUGACAGGGAUGAACGACUUCCUCAACGUGCUUCAAAGCAUGCAGCUUCCAUUUGCUUUGAUCCCAAUUCUGACCUUCACCAGUCUGACGUCCAUAAUGAACGACUUUGCAAACGGAAUGGUUUGGAAGAUUUCCGGAGGCAUCGUCAUCCUGGUGGUUUGUGCAAUCAACAUGUACUUCGUGGUGGUUUACGUAACGGCGCUGAACAGCGUGUUGCUCUACGUCUUCGCUGCGCUGCUCUCCGUAGCCUAUCUGUGCUUUGUAGGCUACCUGGCAUGGCACCUUUUGGUUGCUUUGGGGGUUUCCUGCCUGGACUUUGGCAGCAGGAUGUCUCGGCACACAGACAUAUACUUACUGACUGACAUGGACACUGAUAAUCUGGUUGAGAGAUGACGAGGACGACACAUUGUGAGCGGAUGUUGAAGAGUGGGACCACUGAAGCUCGGCCAGUACGUGUUCGUCUUCACCUCUAUGUGCCUAACAUGUUUUUAAAGUGUCCUUACAGCACACAGUGUGGUUCACCCACUGAUGUCUUAUCCAAUGAUGGAUGUUCUCCAUCGCGAAUGUCUAAAUAAUGUUUAUGCAAAGAAUGGUUAAUUAUGUCUGAAAGAUUUGGGUUCUUGUGACUGUGACACAGUAAACUACAUCAAGUUUUUUUGAUAAAAACAAUCACACCGCAAAGUUCAAUAUAUCAUGUUUUGCCAACUAGACACUGCAGUCAUGAAAUGAUCGCUUUCCAUUCAGAAAUCUUGUGAUUAACUCACUAUUCCACAUUGUUGAGAUGCCAAAGUCUGGAGUUCAGAGACACAGUUGGCCUCCAAUAUGGCCGCUAGGCUGCAAAUUUCAUUUAUUAUUUUUAUAUUUUCAACUUCUUUUUGGUUUAGCUGACAUGAAUAUAAAAAAAAAACAUCCAAUGAAUGCUGUAUGAUUUCUUCAUAAAAAGGAAAAGUCAAACACCAAAGCUGCGGCAUGAUGUUAAUAUUUUAUUAAAUACAGCUGCCCUUUAUUCUAUUUAACAUUCAGAUAAAAUCAUGAAGUGAUUUAAAACAUUCAUCUGGAUGUUAAUAUUAGACUAAUAAAUUGUUAUAAUUUAAUAUAUUUAAUCUAAAUAUAACACUUGAGAAAUAUAUAAGGUAUUUAUGUGUGAUUAGUCACACUUGUUCCUGUGUUUUAUAUUAUAUCAAAGAAAAUGACAGUUUUAUGUCAUGUUAUGCAUCUAUUUUAGAUGCUGGGAAUUUCCAUUCUUGGAGAUGAGGUCUGUACUUCCUUUGUAUUUCCAAGUCAUAAAAAGAAUCUGAUAAUUGUAAAUUAUUAAAUCUAAGCCACCAUGAAGGAUUUGAUUUCCUUAUUUCAGUGGUCCUUGGUGGUAGUAUCUAAAACUUUCAGCUAAAUGAUAAUACAUGUGUUCAACACAUGUAUACAUUCCCAUUUAACUAAUUUAUUAAUUUUAGGUCAUACAUUUUAUAGUAGAAGUUUAAUAUGAGUGAUCAGUGCUGAAUGCAGUACUUGGAGUCGGAUCCACUCGGUGGUUCUCAGCCUGUCACACAGGCUCUUAUUUAUCGCUUCUCUCACAUUAGAAUAUAAUAAUUUUCUAUUAUUCUAUUUGAUUUUUCUCUCCUGCAUUUCCUUCUUAGUUAAGCUUUGGCCAGUUUCUUUUAAAUGUGUUUAUUUAUGUGUAGUUUAUAUUUUUUUAUAAAUGCUACUUUAGCCUGUAUGAAGUUUUAGUGUAUUUUUAGUUUGGUUUAAAAUGUUAAGCUUCAGCUUUUUUGGGGGGAGUUGUAUCAGCCUUUUUUUUAUUAAGCCAAAUUUGUGCAGAUGUGGGAUGUGUGCGAACGUGCAUUAUGUUACAGAAAAAUCUGGUAUUUAAUUUCUGAAAUUAAUAUAAAAGAAAAAAAAGUCAUAAAUUGGCACUGUGGUGCACAGUACAGUAAAUAUGAGAAGUGAUGUGUUGUAUCGUGAGUAGCAGCACAUGUUCAUUGUAUCUCAGGGCUCUUCUAUCUUAGUGCUUUUCUAGUCUGCUGACCACUCAAAGCGCUUUACAUUCAUCCAUUCACACACAUUCAUACACUGAUGGCAAAGGGCUGCCAUGCAAGGUGCCAAUCUGCCCAUCAGGCUCUAAUCUAAAUGCUCAUUCACACACCGAUGGCACAGCCUUCAGGAGCAAUUUAGGGUUUAGUAUCUUGCUCAAUGACACUUCGACAUGUGGACUGGAGGAGCCGGGGAUCAAACGGAUCUCCUGAUUGGUGGACGACCCGCUCUACCUCUGAGCCACAGCCACCCCGAAAUAAUGCCUAACAACAAUAGAAUCUAUCAUGAACAACUUUAGAGGUCUGACUGUUCACUGCUGGUUUGGGCUGAUAAAUAAACCAAACAUUUCCGUUGACCAAAUACUGAACUGAACUUGUAUGUUAUAGUUACUGUGCAGAUGACCACAGUGCCUCCUGUAUUCACCACUGUGCCUCAUUUUGUUGGAUUUCUAGCACACCGUCCAGUCAAAAAAACGAUUACAAAGCGAUACAAGAAUCUCACAUUGUUGUAGAAACAACAAUAGAACAACACAACUACAUUGGGUAAAACAAUUAGCAUUAUUGUGAGAAUAUGUGUUGUAGGGUUGAGGUAUAGAGAGGCUGACAGUAGUGUAAUAUAUUAUCUAAUUUGUUUUCUUUUAGCCAUUGUGUUCUGCAUGUGCCAUCAUACUUUCUGAAAGACUCAUAUUUUUCUUAGGAAAUGUAUAUUUUUUCCACUGCAAGAUGCAUAAAAUGAUUAAUUUUUUAUAUGACUAGUUCGAAGUGUGAAAUGACUCGUCAUGCUAAAUUACAACCAAAUAUUUGUGCAAAAAAACAUAUAGUAAUUUUACUACAACAACCUUUUUUAAAUAAACGAGCCAGCACUUAAUUACAAAAUAAAUGGGCCAAGGUGUAAUUGAAAGCGUAAAAGUUGACAGUGAAAGCUGUAUAAUAAAAUAUUUUUACAUUUUGGAGGACCAUUGAUGGGUUCACAGCAGAAAGUUAAUGCUUAGCAGUUAACAAAUGAUGGUGGGAGGACUCAACAUUCACUGAUCAUAUCUCAAUGCAGGAAUGCAGCCGUACUUCUCCAUAUGACCUUCUGGCUGUGUUAUAAACUAGCUUCUGGUGAAAUGUUUUAAAAACAUGGUAAUGUCCUGCAUCAUUUGUUGCAUCGUAAAGUAUUGUAAAGUGUCUGAAUAUGGGAACACCUGUUGGGAUUGAGACAAUUUUCUGGUUCCAUUGCCAGACAGGAAAUUGGUACUGUACUGUAUUGUAAAUUAUUAAUAAAUAUGUCAUUUCUGAUUUGAUUCAAUCGUACACUCUGAUACAGUAUUGAGACCCUACUAAAAGGGUGGUUUUCUGAUUUUCUUUUGUCACCAGAUCUGUUGUUUUAAAUGAAUUGCCAUCUCUGUUAUAUGUUUGAAUAUUGUUUUUUUUUUCUUGUUGAAUAAAAAAAGUACAAAUACCUUAUAAAU